AAAUAAAUUAAACAGCCGAUAAAACAAGUAAACGUCGACAACAUCAUUUUUAAACCCCUAUUUCACAAACUCUUAUAUAAACUCCACAUUAACCAAACAAUAUCUAAAUAAAGAGAAGUUAUUAUUGACCAUAAUAAUUAUGACUGAAACAUGUUCAGUUUCAGAUACCAUAACAACUUGGAUUACUCCAUCCUCUAUAUUCUUAAUGGUAAAUCUUGUCAUCGGCACCAUCGCUAUUAUAACUCGUUUCGCAACUCACAGAAAACGCCAACUCGACUCGUCUCACAAACUCGUCCGUUCCACCUCAUCGUUUCAACUCGGUUGCUAUAAAUAUGAACCGUCAACAAUAACAAUGCCCGAAGAAACACAAAUCGAACCGGUUCAAAAUAACGACUCAUCCCGGUUGAACCAGGUCAAGUCCGGUCUAUGUUUAACACAAAUUGAUGAAGAACCGGUUGAGCCGACACCGAAUCCGUUGGUACGAGCUCCGUCGCUCUUGGAACGACUGUUGUCGAUCAGUUUCCGACGAUCGGAGUCGGUAAAGGUGGAGGAGGAGAAGAAACCUGAAUCGGAAUCGGAAGCCGAUACUGAGGAAGGUGUGGAUGCAAAAGCUGAUGAUUUUAUUAAAAGAUUUAAGCAGCAACUUAGGUUGGAAAGGCUUGAUUCAAUGCUACGUUACAAAGAUAUACUUCAUCGACGUUGAUCAACGAGAAUAAACAUUUAACGUGUACUUUUGAAUUCAGGUGAAUUUAACAAAAUCACGUUAAAUUAUCGUAAUUCUGAUAAAAAUUAAGUUUAAAUUUGUCGUGAAUUCAAUCAUACACUUAGUUAGUUGAUUUGCAGCAUAAAAGAUUUAGUUAUCCUAGUUUAUUUUUUGUUUGUAAAAAUGGUAUAUGGCGUUUUGCUAUGUAGGUUGAUAAAACUACAGUUGCUAGGUUUUUAAUUUAGUGGUAAUAAGAUGCUGAUUAGUCUUGGAAAUUGGAACUCUUUAUGAUUCAUAUAUAUUAUACAAUUAAUUGCUUUCUUCA